UCAAAGUUGUCCUGAUCGGGAGAGAAAUCAUGGCAGGUGCGAGCUCUCAAAAUUUUUUCGAGGGAACAGAGAAACUUCUGGAGGUUUGGUUUAGCAGUGACAACGAAUCUUCAGAUCUCCGAGAUGUCAAACAAGAAGACUGGGAGAAACUGCUUCGCAUCGUUAGAUGUGAAAUAAUUAGCAAGAAAAGCAAUGACGAUAUGGAUGCCUAUGUACUGAGUGAGAGCAGUAUGUUUGUGACCAAGUCACGUUUCAUCCUCAAGACUUGUGGACGAACCACCUUGCUGCUGGCUGUGGAGCCCCUGAUAGGCUUAGUGAAGGAGCAGUGCGGGUUCACUAAAGUACUUGAUGUUUUCUACUCAAGGAAGAAGUUUUCUAAGCCUGAACAACAGCACACGAUUCACCAGAACUUUGAAGAGGAGGUGUGCCAUCUAGAUAAGCUGUUCAAAAAUGGGGCUGCUUAUACACUGGGAAGAGUAAAUAAAGAUUGCUGGCACCUGUACACCAUGGAUGCUGUAGGAGUUAUGGAACCUGAUCAAACUGUGGAACUUUUGAUGUGGGAAAUGUGUCCUGAAACAAUGAAAAUUUUCACCAAGAAGAUGUGCAAGGAUGGACCAGAGGCCACCAAAAAAUCGGGAAUCUGUGACAUCAUUCCUGGCGUCCAGAUCGACGACUUCCUGUUUGAUCCCUGUGGUUACUCCAUGAAUGGCUUGCUGCCAGGGGGUUACUAUAUAACCAUCCAUGUGACCCCAGAACCCCAUUGUUCUUAUGUCAGCUUUGAAAGUAAUGUUCCACAGGAGAACUACAUGGAACUGAUGAAGAAGGUUCUUGACACGUUCAAGCCUGGCAAGUUCUUGAUGACUGUCUUUGCAAACAAGGAGUCUAUCGCCAAGGACAGCCACAAGCAGUUGGAGGAUAAAGACUAUGUCCCCGGCUACUCCAGGGCUGACCACCAGUUCUGUACCUUCAAGAACUACAAUCUGACCUACUCCCACUUCACCCGCCCCAUCAUCUAGGGAAUGGGGGCCGGGGGUUUGAGGUGUGGCUGCCUGUGUCUCCCUCCCUCUAGGCCCCCGCUAGCCUUGUUCAAGGCCAUUUGUUUUUCCAAUAUUUGUUUGUAUUUAUCCUUAACCUGUGUUGUGUAUGUAGUGUUUCUUUGGAAUUCUCAUCAGACUGUUUUGAAAUAUAGACUUCGGUUUUCCCUCUUCUCCCUUAAACCUAGAUAAGUAGCCUUAUCAUUCUGCUUGUCAGUUAUUAGGAUUUAAAUUUAACUUAAUAUAAAGACUCUAUUAUGUUGUCCACUUUCAGUUUUACACACAUUUUAGUAUAAGGAGAAAAAUAUAUUGUUAUGAUUUGUUUUUUGUUCGUGAUAAAAUUUUUAUAUUUUGUGCCUUGUUCCCGUUAUCAUGAUUAUAUGAUUAUGUUUUGGAUUUCUUUUUAAAGUAUCUUGUUAUAAUAAAUUUUAUUUUGACCUUGAUUUCAAAUUAUAUGUUGAUAUUCUUACCUUAAUCUGUUUAUCAUGAUCCCAAUACUCAGUAUGUAUACAAGAAAAUCAGAGGAAUUCAAUAUGUAAUGCAUUCAAAAUUUUAUAUUAGAUGAGAUAUUAAGCUUUAAAAGUAAAUUACCUGCAAAAGCAAA